GCUGAUUGCGAAGUACAGAAGGCACAAAAUAGAUUUCGAGGGUACCGUUUGUUCUUCUUCGUGCCUCUGCAGUUGAGGAAGCAAAGAAUUGCUUCUCCUUCAUCAGCUUCUCGGAUUCGAUAUGCAGCAGCAGGGAGGGGGUUCAGAUUCUGAGGUGACAUGGGAGGACCAGCAGAACAUCAACAAAUUCGGUCGAUUGAACAAUCGGUUUCACGAACUCGAGGAAGAGAUUAAGAUCGCCAAGGAGACAAAUGAGAAUCUCGAGGAUGCAAGCAAUGAGUUAAUCCUCACAGAUGAAGAAAUAGUUCGUUUCCAGAUAGGGGAGGUUUUUGCUCAUGUACCCAAGGAAGAAGUGGAUAGCAGGUUAGAGCAGAUGAAAGAGGCAACCAGCAAGAACUUGGAGAAGUUGGAAGAAGAGAAGGAUUCUGUACUUGCUCAGAUGGCCGAGUUAAAGAAGAUACUUUACGGGAAGUUCAAGGAUUCUAUCAACCUUGAGGAGGAUUAAGAAUUUCUAACUUUAUUAAUGUUUGAUGCUUUCUUCUUUUAAUAUGAUCUUCCUUUCUUUGUUUCUUUCUUUCUAUGGUACUUUCGUGGAACAACUUCAUAUCAUUUGGGAAAAUGACAGUAGUUGUCAAAAUUAAAGGUUUUGUUAUUCAUGUGAGUAGUGAGCACUAAACUCCAUCCUCUACUGUCUCUGCUUAGUUCACUUCAAAUUGGUGAAACAUGAAUUGACUCAUUCGCUCCUA